CCUGGAGGAAUACUCAGCAAAUCUAUAGGAUCUGCAGGAUCAAUGAAAGUUCAUCUGUGUGCAGAAGACAACAGACUGUAACCACAAAUGUGAGGAUCACCUUUGGAACAACACGGAUGUGAGCAGCUCGGCAAGAGCCCGACAGUUGAUAGCUCGCUUGUUUGUGACAGGGUCAGUGCCAGCGAGCAUCAAUGAUUAAGCGGUUUGUCGGGUCUUGGAACAUGACAGCUGACAAUGGAAUUCGCGGGGAAAGCGAUCGUGUCGGCUGCUCUCGUGGUCACCCUGACUUUAAUUUACAAGUACUAUAAAGCAAGAUCUGCCAAUGCUACUCGAAGGCGAAAUGCCGACUGCCAAGGCUCGUCGGAGUCUCCGGAGCAGAGCAACGCAGACGCACGGCCAAGUUCUCAAAGGCUCAGCAGGCGGGAGGGUGGCAGUGACCCCACAAGGCAGGACGGUGAGAGUGAACGGAGCCCCGAGAAAGCCGGCGUGAAGACCGGGUCCCCGAAUAACGCGGCCGGCGCCCGUUGCGCAGACAGGAAGAGUCUCCGAAUUGCAGGUGAGCGGAACGGUGGGAGUGGGACUGUCGGAAGCAACAGGCAGCCAGGUGAGCCCGGGGCGACGAGGGGUCACCUGGCCGAGUCAAGGGGUAAAGAUCUUGCUCCAAACACUGCCACAGUUGCUACCUGCGAAGCGUGUGAGGUCAGAAACUUCCAAGCUAAGGAAAGUAAUAAAUUAAAUUCCACCCAGGGUUCAGGAACAGAGAAGGUGGAGAGCAAAAGCGACGGAACUGUACAAAUUGCUGGAGAGGAGGAUUAUUUGAACGGUAUCAGUCCUCAAACAUGUGCUGAACAAGGAUUGGAUGCGUAUUGUAUCGGGGAGUCUCAACUGGGUCAGAAUAUUAGUUCCUUUGAUGUUGUAAGUGCUGACCGUGACUCUGAAAAUAUAACCCUGUCUGCAAAUGUCACUGAAUCCUUCCAAGAUCUUAUCAUUUCACCCACAUCUGAGGUGGCUAAAAGCAGUCAGUAUCAACCUGUAAACCGUCAGCCAACUGAACUCUUAGAAAAUGAGACACCGGAGCGUCUCAACAGCAACAGGCAGUCAGCAAGAAGGGCAGGGGAACAUGAAAAUAACUCCAGUGCCUGUAAGAAAUCCCCUGAAAUCAAAAUUCAGAGAUCUAAUACCCCCUGUGUUCAGUCUGUAUAUCAGGUCAAAUAUGAAAAGGCCCAAACUGGCAACGGAUCAGAAGGUGGCCUAAGUAUUUUGCUGCCCUGCAUGGAAGUGAAUCAUAAGAUCAUUUCAACUUCAGAAAUGACAACAGAGGCAAAUGAGUAUCAGGACAGAAACCACACCUGUUCCAUUGCUCAAAUUACCACCGAUCAAGUUCCCCUUGACAACCUCAACAGCUCAUCUUUCCAGAAGGAGAUGAGAGACCAGCAGGAAGUUUAUUGUUCUCUGAGUUCAAUUCAGGAUGAUAUGGAUUUGGCUGUCAAACCAAAGGCAUUCUGUUCGUUGUUAUCUGGCUUGGGUCCAGAUGAACAUCCAGAAACUGCCAGUAUUUCUUCCUGUUCAUCUGAGUCUGACAUCAAUAUAAGAGCAAUCUCCAGAAAGCACAGUAUAUCGGCCAUUGCUGACACCCCAGCAUUUCUAAUUGACCUCCAGACAGACACACAGGUUUCUUCAGAAGAAAGCACCUCAGGUCACUUUAACUCUAAAGCACCUUCAGUUGACGACCUUAGCACCAGCUCUCUGGGCUCUCUGGUAGAUUCAUUAUAUUUGUCCCAGCCAGACCUCAGCAAGGAAACAGCGGUAGAAAUUGUUGCUGGGGCCAAUUUUAUUCCAAUCCCUUUGAGCAACGAGUCAAGUGUUGAUGUUAUGAAAUGGCGUUUGGAUCUGGGGAACUGUUAUGAGAUAUUGUGCGUUGCAAAGAAGCAUGACCUAAAGGACCUGCAAGAUGCCGCUUACCAAGUCAUGAGUGACAAUUACUUGCAGGUUUUGAAGAACCCGAGUAUUUAUGGUCAACUCAAAGCAGCUGAAAGAGAACUGAUCCUGUCGAGAAGGAUGGAUGGAAAAAGGUAUUUAAUGGUGGUCAAUGUGGAUGUCCAGAAUAAUAUCUGGACUAACAGACGAGUUCAACAAAACACAGAUGGUCAAAACAUUGCCAGAUUACUGAAACCUUUUCAAACCAAUCACAAAGUGUAUUAUUACAAGAAUGAGAAUGAUUCAUGGCAUCCAUUAGUUGACCUGGAAGUUGAAUCAAUCUCCAAGGAUUGUGCAUUAUGCACCAUGUAUAAUUAUCUAUUUGUUGUGGCUGGUUGUCAGGGGUCUGGUAAAAGAAUCAAACUAUCCAACAAAGUAUUCUGCUACAAUCCAGUCACUAACAUUUGGAGUGAGAUCAGCCCACUAAACCAGGCCAGGCCCAAUUGCAAACUUGUGGCUUUGGAUGGGCACCUUUAUGCAAUUGGUGGCGAGUGUCUUAGUACAAUGGAGAAGUAUGAUCCCAGAACAGACAGAUGGACUUUCACUGCACCUCUACCACGAGGAAUCUUCGCUGUAACACACAAAGCUACUGUGUGCAAUGGUGAGAUUUACGUGAGUAGGGGCAUCACCUAUUAUCAACUUCUCAAAUACAAUCCCAAAGAAAACUCAUGGAAUGAUUGCAGCAUGAUGAGCAGGAAGGACAAGAUGACUGAUAUAGCAGCUGUCAAAAACUUCAUCUACAGGUUUGAGAUUAACCAGGAUUAUGGUAUCAGUGUGUUUCGGUAUCAUAUCAUCACCAAAACCAGUGAUGAAUGUGCCACCAAAAAAGUUUGCAAGAUGGCACCAUUUCAGUGUGCCGUUGUGGAUGACACUAUCUACUGUAUCAAUAAGCGGUUCAUGAUGCAGUUUAUAGCUCAUGAGAUCUCACCUUAUUUUAAAGUGGAAGAUUGCACAGUCCCUCCUGGAGCAAAAGGAAUUCUGUUUCCCUUUGUCCUUACACUGCCAGAAAGAAACACAUUACAGACUCGAGUGUAAUUGUUGUUGAAAAUCCCUAUUUCAUAAAGGAUGGUCUAAAAAUUUUUCUUUAUGUUGUGACAUAAAAACAGAAAAUAUUGGAAAUACUCAGUAGAUAAAAUAGCGUCUUUGAAAAGAGAAACAAAGUCAAUAUUUCAGGCUGAUUACCUUUCAUCAGCUGAAAAAUGAAAGAACUGAAGUAUUAACUUUCUAUCUCUGCAAAGAACCACUGAGAAUUUCAAUAGUUUUAUUCAAUUUCAGAUUUCCACCAUCUGCAGGAUUUUGCUUUUUGACAUUAGGUUGUUUGGUGUACCCAUAGCAAAAUGUGUCUAAUUUCCUUUCUAUCAUUUAAAGAGAUAGUUGCUCCACUGAAGUCCCUUUCAACUUGAAAUUCAGUCUAGGUUGGACUGUCCUAUGUUACCUUCCAAUAGUUUACCAGUAGGAAAUUAAGUGAAAGAGAUACGAUCUUAUCAAUCUGUCCUCAGCUGCCCUUGUAGGAAGAAAAUUUUCACACAAAUAUAAAUGAAAGGUCAGUAAUCAUAAUGUCAGGCAUUAUCAAUGAGUGGAAAAGUAAGAAAGCAGUGUGGUUAGAUCUGUCAUGAUUUAAACAAAGUCACUGGGGAGAGUCUGAAGCUAGUGGAUAUAAAAUUGUUUAUUCAACAAAAAUGGGCAUCACAUUGAGAUGUUCUUGGACGAAGAGGCCCACUCGAACCAAUAUUACAUGACAUUUUAUACGCUAUAAAUCAAAGGUAACAGCAGCACAAUUCUAUAGUUACAAUAUAUCUACAAUGCCUCCUUUGAAUUACGUAUAGUUUUCAAACAUUCCUUCUUUGGACCCACACUCCAGACACCCAAAAUGAAUCGGCAUUGUUUGGUUUGCAAUCAGCUCCUAUCUGCAGCUCCCAGAAUACUACUGUUCCGAGCUGCAUUUUAAAUUCAAUCUCCAAUCCACGUUCAGGUCCGAAGAUUGGUUAUGGGUGAAAUUAAUACUUGCUGUACAACCUAGCAAGAUCCACCGAAGAAGUGUAGGCCAUAUGUAGGUAAGCAAGGGUUGAUUCUUGGUGGGGUUUCUGGUGGGACCAUCCUGUGUAAAAUGCCUACCAGUGAACACAGAGCAGGCUUUGGUCAUCAACCGGAAACCGCCCCCCUGUUUCUCACUUUUCAGGUGCUGCCUGAUCUGCAGAGCAUUUUUAGCAUUUUAUGUUUCAACUGAGUAUGAUGAUGGGAGCAGAGGAUAUGAAUGAUACACAAGAGGAAGACUUUUAGCAUAAGUUAAAAUGAAGAUUGACACAGUGGGCUAAAUGGCCAGUCCAGUACUAUACUGUUCUAUGAUCCUGUGUAAUGCUCCUCUUAUUAACUAUUCAGACAUUCCUUGUUAGAACUUACCCACAGCUGUAUGGGCAAGAUAUCCAAAUCAAUCCUAGCAUGCCCCCAAAGAAGUAGAAGAGGAGAGAGCCAGGAUAAUUCUUCAAAGUUUUAAUCUGUUGGGAGUCAUGAAGAGUCAUAGGAUCAUACUGUGCGUGCUCACUUAGCCAAACACGCAUCUAUACUCAUUUCCUGUUUUUUUUAACCAUCUCCCCAUGAAUGACCCUACCAGCCAAUUUUACCUGCCACGCCAGUGGCAAUUCAUAGUAGUCAAUUAACCCACCAACUUGCUUGGAAAUAUGGGAAAAGUCUGGUGGGGCGGUGGGGUGGGGAAGAGUAUCUAGAGGGAACUUACUGGGAGACGAGCAAUUUUCUCUCACACUGCAUCGGAAGUCAGGAUCCAACCCAGGUCUCUGGAUCUGCAAGGCAGCAGUACUGUGCCACCCACAAGCCAACAAGAGCAAAAUGGCUAAAUCAGGGGUAUUUUGCUGCAGAUUAAACAAACAGUUCCUGUUGUUUAAACACAGCAUAGAUCAAAGGUACUCUCUAUAAAACUAGAUGAGAGACAUCAGAACAAAUGACAGCAUCUAAAACAGAGAGGUUGAUUUGAAUCAUUUCAAACAAAUGCCCUUGAAUUUUUAUUGUUGAUAAACUAUUAAUUCUUUCAGGACCUCAUUAUGUGAAAAAAUUCUUCCAAGCAUUAUCAAUAACAUCAAGGAAGCCAAUUGUCAUAAGAAGUUUAUAACACUGCAUAUGCCAUAAGCAAGAUUUUAUUGGCUACCAUCUGCAAGAUAUUCAUGUUAAAGCUUCACUAUCAGACUACCGAGUAUACAAACUUCCAGGAACAUGUUCCUUGUGCUGAGCGUCCCCUACGGGGUGCAGAGAUUGUGAGUAUGAGCCAAACCUGCAGUUUUCUUUUAUACCAGCGCUGCCAAAUCAAGAAUUCAGAUGCCCUCUCAUCACAAUUGUGUGGAAGAUUGAAAGGAUCUUCUCAGUGAUAUUCUCUGUCUGUCCUCAGAUCCCACUUCCUGCCUGUGAGCAGUCAUGGCAUGAACGUGGAAUAGUCAGAGCACGUUGAAUAAAAUCUCCCACUUUCAGAAGCAGCAGUGGUUGACAGAGCAACUUAAAGUUAAGCCAUAGACUCUUCCUUGAGGACUUUUUUUUUGACUGAGGACUGAGAUAUGGGGAUGGAGUCCUAUAUAUGUAUGCCAUUCACUAAAACUUUAAAUCAUUGACAGAAGGAUGUCAUUGUGAAAGAAGACUUGACCUGCCCCUAUUUAUUACCUUAUUGAAUAGUGACUUUGAACCCUGUUGAAUUUUGCUCUCAACUGUAAACAGAGUCUUAAAAAACUUCUCAAUUCAUUUCCAUUAACUGGAGAGCAGGAGAACACAUUAAAAGCAUGAUAUCACCCUAUAAAUAAAAAUAAUCAUUUUAUCCCCUCAUUGGUUUUGAACACUGCCAUAAAACAGGCACCUCAGGACAAAUUCAAAAACUACAACUUCACCAGAAUGACAUUGUCACAGAGUUUACUGUCUCAGAAACCAUCGCAUAAUCUAUGACAUUUAUCAAUGCAUCUUCAUUCAGACAAUUAGCUUCAAUCUAGAUUGCUAAAUUGUGGCUUGCAACGGCUUUUGGGACUAAUAAACAAUACGAUUUGCAUUAAUACAAAAUGUUUUUGGUUUAGCAUCCUGAAUUGUGGCUCAGGACUAAAAUUGGCCAAUCUGACAGUGAAUGUUUUAGACUAUUUCAUAAUAACCACAUGUAAUAUACAAAGUCAAUUACCUCGCAUGCAAGACAAUCGCUCUCCUUGAUAGAUGUUUAGUUCCCUCUUGAAAAUGACUGAUAGUCAAUACCUGCCACACCAAAAGAUAUCACGUCCCCAUUCACUACUCUCUCGUAAAGAGUAAACACUCCAAAUACAACUUAUUCUUAACUUCUCCUGGAUUAAUCUCAUCCAUGAGGCACAGUAGCAUGGUGGUUAGCACAACACUUUACAGUACAGACGACCUGGGUUCAAUUCCUGCUGCUGCCUGUAAGGAGCUUGUAUGUUCUCCCCUUGACCACAUGGGUUUCCAGGUGCUCUGGAUGGUGGGUUAAUUGGUCAUUGUAAAUUGUCCCAUGAUUAGGCUAGGGUUAAAUCGAGGGAUUGUUGGGCAGCACAGCUUGAAAGACCAGAAGGGCCUAUUCCACCUGGUAUGUCAAUAAAUAAAUAGGUGCUCCUCUCCCAAUACUUAACCUGUAAUAACCUAUUAAUAGAGAUGCUAUGAAUUAUUUAACUGACACCAUUCCAUCAGGGUACCUUGAAAAGUCUACCACUCCACACCAAGUUCCAAACUGGCCAUUUUCUUAAGUACUUAGUCCUGGCAUGUUUAAACUGGUUCAGCCCUUUCUCUCCAGCUUGCAAUACAUGUGACCAGUGUUCACUAAAAUGUUUAUGCAUGCCUUGUUUUGCUGAUGUAAUGUUAGUUGCUGGCUUUGGUUACUUGCUAGUGUAAAGACAGUGUAACACAGAUCUGAUGCCCCAGAACUCAGCUUAGACAGGAACCUGCAAUAGCCCGAGUAUCGCCAAUAUCUUCUCAAUGACUGGUUCUCACUGACAAGAACAUGAAUGACAGGAUGUGAUUCUUGUGUAGGUGAGAUUUACAUUUGAGGUGUAUUUUCCAGUGUUCUGUGAUGUUGCAAUGGAUGUUCAUUGGCACUGCAGUGGCUUGUUCUGUCUAGCUACAGAAAGGCACAAUUAGUGUAAGACUGCACUCUAUGCUUCUUGACAUUUCCUUUGAAAUCUGCAAUGUUGAAAGUGUUUUAAAAUAAUUUUCAAUUUUCUGGUGAAUGUAUUGGUGGUAAAACUCACUGAUCUUUGAAAUCAAAUAUACUGCAAGCAAAUAAAAUAUUCUCAUGACAAAGCAAUGACAGACUCCAUAAAUUCUUUUCAUGAUAUUCUAGAGGGUUUUCACCUGCCACAGACUCAGCUCUACCUAAAAUUUAAAAUACUAUUACUAUAAUUUAUUCCUUUUUCAUUCUUAACUCUGCUUUACCACUAAUGCUACCCAGUGUUGUCAAAACUAACACCACCAAAGUCCUUUCUUCUGAUGGAAGAUUGUCAGCCAGAAGCAGUAACUCUCCAUCUCCACAGAUGCUGACUGACCUGAUGAGUAUUUUUAGCAUCUUUUGUUUCAUCACUGCCAGAGCCCACAGCUGAUUACUAAAAAUGGGGGCAUUCCUCCUCCCCAACCUUCACCCCUCUUUCAUCCGCCAACCCUUAAUUUUAUGCUGUAGUGAUUCCUUAAUUUAAUUAGGCAGAAUUCACCGUAAGGGUUAAGUUGGCCGUGUGUGCUACGUGUUACGUUCUGUGUUGUUGCAUUUUGGGAGCAGGGUUUUCUCAUAUAUAUGCACAAUAUUGCCAUUCGCUGGUGGUUGCAAUAAAGUGUACGUUAGAAGUAACAACACUCGUGUCGUCUCAUAUAGUACACGCAAAAAUGCCCAGGCCUGGAAGCUAGAUCUCAUUGUGCAUAAUUCAACUGUGAAAUAAAAUCAAGUACAAAGGAAAUUUUUGAGUUCAUUACAUGCUCUUUUUUAAUGCAGCGAUGAACCGGGCAGGUAAGUACUGUACCACAGUCUUAUCAGCUGCCACUUGCCCAAUAUAUAUGCAUUGUCCAAGAAAGGUGUGAGCCAGCCAGGGUCUCUCAGUAUUUUUGACAUCUGCUUGCAAGUAGUACUUAAACAGUGCUAUGAGACAGUUUUCUCACUCAGCCUCAUCCACCAGCACCCUGUCUCUGAGCUUGUCAUACUCCCUGGUCACGAUCUUUUCCUAUCAUCCUACCUUCACAGCCAACACAAUCCCAAAGACCCCCUUGCCCCCAUCACUCCAUUUGCAAGGCACUCGUUAUUAGUCGUCUGAACCCUGUGCACCCCAUACCAAUCAGCACAUAAUCCACAGUUUCAGAGGCACCUCUGUUUUUUGUAUCGCACUUCAAACUUCAUCCGCUAGUACAGACAGCCAACACUAGUGUACCAUAAAACCUGACAAAAACAUCAUGCAUUCCUAAUCCCCAUCCUUCAAGAAGACCACAUCUUUGUCAUGGGGUUUGGAGACUUGCUUGCCUCAGUGACCCGGAGAGCGAUGUUGGCUGGAGACAGGGCCUUGUGCUUUGUCUCUUGGUAGGGUCACCCAUGUCAAACAGGUCAAAGGGUAGAGGCCAAAUUAAGCGUGGUCCACCGGGUCCUACAUGUGCGGGGGUUCAGCUCACGGCAAAAAAGCCCUGACUGGUCAAAAAGGAUUUGUUACAGAAACAGCAAUGAAGAAUUCUUCUAUACAGACAGAGGUAGAAAGCCUUCAUUGCUGCUCUGUGCCAGCCGUGUAAUGGACAGUAAGUAAUCCCCAUCCAGUUAAUCCUGCUCGGUAUUGCAUGUGUACAUGGAAAUUUGGUUGAGAAUCAGAUUAGAUUUAUUGCGAUGCAUUUUGCAUUUGAAUAGCUCACAAUGCAACGUGAACAGACUCAGAUCCGAUGGACAGCUCACGGAAACCCCUGGUUGCAGCCCAGCGCUCUUAGAUGAGAGCCAAGGAGCAGAUUAAGGCCAAAUACACUUGCUGCUAUCUAGUCCUAAUAGGGCUGCAAGAACUUGAAGGAGUGAUUUACUACAAUGCUUCCAGGAGAAAGAGAAUUUAGGAAUGGGAGAAUGGAGAAGCUGAUCUCCUUAUGGCAGAAAACGUCAGGAAGUCAUUCAGUCGAUGUGUUCGAAAUUAUUUUGAUUGAGUAACUAGGGAGCAAUUGUUUCUAAUGAUGGGAGAGUCACCAGAGCGCACAGAUCUGGGAUCAUUUGCAAAAAGAUCUGAAAUGGAGAUUUUAAUUGAUAUGAAGUCCUGUCAGUGUGAAGUGAAAUUCGCUUCCUGCAAGUCUGGUAGAAUAAGGCUUGCAGGGCCACAGUGAAAGGGCAGAUGGUAUAAUCAAAAUGACAAAAUGUCUCCAAUUGCACAAAGACACAAGGCUGGCCAAGUGCUGCAUAACUAAUAGCAACCUUCUUCAAAUUUAUGGUUCCCCUCCCAAAGUAUAUGUUUUGAGUAAGUGAAAUAAAUGUACUUUAAGCUGUUUCGCUUGCUUCAACACCUGCUAUUACACAGAUUGCAGGAAUCGGCAGCAACUGAAACUGGAUUAGAUAUAAAUGCGGGUUAGUCAAGCUUGCCGAGCAGAGCUCCGAGAGUAGAUUAAACAUUCUUCAGCACUUGCUUUGCUUCAAGCAAACAUAAUGUUUAACAAUAAAUAACUAGCUGCAGUGGAAAGCAAUCCUGUGGGAGGCAAUCCAGUGUAUUGCACUGAACCUGCAAUUCAAGAUGAAACAACAGGAAUAAAAAAUGUUUCACAAGCCUCGUUUCGUUUAGUUGCAAAACAACUGAACACAAUUUGCAUUCAAACUUAGCACAUAAAGCAUUGUGGUUUCUCCUAAAUGAAGUCAAAAUAUAGAUUAGCUUGAUUUGAUUAAAUCGUCGAGUACCCUUGAGGGUUGAAUGGCCAAAUUCUGUUCCAACAAAUCUGUUGAAUGUUGGUCCAUUGUAUAAAGAAGAGAAAGUUCUCACCAGAUGUGCCCACUUAUUGUUUUAAUGCUUUGUAAUUUAUCAAUAAAAAAAACAGAAUGUAAUAAGCAAGUAAGCAAUCUCUUAAUGUGUCUCUCAGAAAGAAGAAAUUAAACGACUGAGUAGUUUGUGGGGUAAAUUUUAACUCCAGGCAUGGAACAGAUGGGCAGAGGGCAUUAUCAUGCUGGGUAAGCAGAUGCCACACUGCAGCUCACAAGAUCUGGAUUGGCACCCGAAAGGUAACCAACCGUGCAUCCAGGCAGGUAGAUCAUUCAGAGGUUUGGAACAGUUCAUGUUCUUCCCAUCUGCAGAAUAAGUCGAGACAAAACAGAUCGUUUGUUGCAAGUAAUCAAUCCUGGCUCCAUAUUCCACAUAAGUGUCUUCUCAGCUUACUUCAUCAGAAUAUGAUUUGUAGUACAUCUGUCAAACACAGACUAUCUGACAGUUUGAAAUACUAUAAUGAAAAUGGCUGUGAAAUGUGGUGACUCUCUUUGGGGCAUGAAUCUGCAGGCACCAGACAUCUACUAAUACGGGAUCCACUGCUCACUUAUAAAAUUGACUAUGCUUUUUUGACGCUAUUUCACGUUUAUAACUGAUGAAUUUGAACUGUCCUCGGUCUGCUUUAGGGACACACACACAGAGACACAAACUAAUCAAGCUCAUUCUCCGCCCUUCUGCCCUAGAAAAGGGACAUCGUGAUCAAUGGUAGCAUCCAGCAACCGUAGCUCAAUAUAAAGCCUUCUAACUAUAGCUUGGUAUAAAGCAUUUAUUUAAAAGACUAUCAUGGGAUUUCAGGCCUCAUUGCCCGUUGCAAAGCAUACAGAAUAUUUCACUAGUGACAGUGUGCAAGAAGCUGUCAUAACUCGUAACCAUUUACUGUUGAGUCUUUCAAAUUCUUUGAAAAACACCAGUAAUUCACUGUCAAUGUCAUGUGGUGAGAACAUCUUUCUAAGCCAGCAGAAUAUUUACUAAGCCUCUUCCAAGAUAGGUUUUCUGAUUGCUCUUCUAUGCUCAGAUAGUUUCCAGAGCCUACCAUGGGGCAAAUUAUACCUGUAACCUGGUGCAGUAUCCUAUAAACUUCACCAUUAAUAUAAUACUCAGGUUGCAUAGCACUCUAGUAACAAAGCUGAUAAUGGUAAAGUAAAAGUACUCCCAGUUUGGAGGCAGCACUUCUUCGAAUUGAUAGCAUAGAUUCAAAUCCCCAUUUAAUGUAUUAAGUGUUUAAUCCAUGCCAAUACUUUGAACGCAGAAUGCUGUAGAAUAGCCCGUGUGUCUUGCUAUGCUUGUGGAUUGAACCCCUAUUUAUUGUGGCACCUUUCCCUCGGUUCUUGAGACUUCACCUAGACUGAAGAAUCGCAAUCGCUAGGAUGGACCCUGGGUGAUUUCACGAGUCGGAAUUCAGAGCUCCCACAACACAGGCAGGAAUCAAGUGGUGGCUGAGAAUUGAGAACCCUGAAAUCUUCGUGGAAAUAUUUGUAACUUACCUCAUGGUAUUUUGUGGAGUUGAUUUCUGCUUUCUAUUCUAUAAUAAUAAAUAAGGCUUAAGUUACUUUGA